UGACACAUUUUGUCAACAAUAACAAAAAAAUUAGCCGCGAACAUUCGUGAUGUAUUUUCAUGACACUACUGUUGUCUAACUAGAUGCGUGAUUGAAAUUAUCAUUAAAAUCGAGAUUAAAGUUGCUCGUUGGGCUUUUUAAUUUUACACUAUCGAUAAGCGAUCUUCCGUUGUAAUUGAAUCCGGUGAAAAUCAAUGUGUAAGCCGUUGUGUUGUAAACAGAAAAAUUUCCAUUACCAACACACGAGCGUCCGGAGUCUGUGUAUUACACAGUGUGUCAUGUAAAUUUAAAUAGACUAAAAAUGUCACGAAAUCUACAGCUGGCCAGACACAUUUACAAGAAAUCGCAGAACAAUCGGUCGCCAGCCUUCUGUAAGUGUAGCCAAGCAGUUGCUGAACUAUGUGAAUGUGGAGAAAAGGAUUCACGCUCCUUAGACUGGCUGUGGCACAUUGAAAGUGAUGAAGUCUCUAAUUUAUUGAUUUAUGGACAAACGGUCGUAUUUCAUCCAACAUUCAGUCAGGGUACUGCAGCCGUUAAAGGUAGUACGAGCCUGGACAAAAACAUGAUUCAUCAUUGGGAAAUCAAAAUUCUGUCCGACAUGACGGGCACUGAUCUGAUGGUUGGUGUCGGUACCGACAAAGUAGACCUUUCGUCUUGCAAGUACAAGUACACAAGUCUACUCGGUCUGUGCAAUCAAUCAUGGGGCUAUUCCUAUCGUGGACUAGCUCAACACAACGGAAGACUGAAAUAUUAUGGAAAGCGAUAUUCCUCACUCUGUAUCGUCGGUGUUUACUUAGAUUUGCGUCAUCGAUGCAUCGAGUUUUACUUAAAUCGAAGACCGCAAGGCACUGCAUAUCGUCAAAUUAAACUUGAUGACGAUGCAGAGGUGUAUCCGAUGGUAUGUUCUACCUCAGCCAAGUCCAUUGUAAGACUGAUUAAUGCCACUUCGUUUGCGGAAAAUCUUCAAUAUCUUUGCAUGAAAGUCAUUAGCAAGGACAGAAAUAGUAUCGAGUUCGUCAAAUCAGCGCCCGGAUUGCGACAUCUAUGCAACGACUAUUGGUUCUUGCUAAGCAAGGAACAAUACCAAUAUUCUGAACGUGACAACGGCAAAGCACUGCUCGAAGAUGAAGCGCUGUUGUGCUGCUCGGACGAUCAAGAACAUAGCAACUCCACCGACGAAAGCAUUACCGACGAAAUGGACAUCUACAAUGGCGUCGAUUACAUUAAGCAUCGUAAACGAAAUCGAACUUCGUCGUGUUCCAGUGACGACGACAACGAUGUGGAUAUGGAAUUUUUCUGUGAUCAUUAUUGACACGGUGCGUGAUAGCAUCGCAUCGGUGUAUCGUUCUUUUUACGCAAUUUUUGCUUAUUAAAUGCCGAUUGUGUAACGAAA